AUGGAGUGGAUGGUGGUGGCCUUGACCAGCCUCCAGCUCUUCGAGGCCGCGGUGGUCAAAGUCCCCCUGAGGAAACAAGAGUCCAUCCGGGACACCAUGAAGGAGAAGGGCUUACUGGGGGAGCUCCUGAGGACCCCCAAACACAACCCUGUGCAGAAGUACCACUUUGACGACCUUGGCGUGGUCUACGAGCCCCUGGACUUCUUGGAUAGCCUCUACUUUGGUGAGAUCAGUGUUGGGACUCCUCCGCAGAACUUCCCGGUCCUUUUUGAUACUGGUUCCUCCAGACUGUGGGUGCCCUCUGUCCACUGCCAUAGCCAGGGCUGUGCCAGCCACUCCCACUUCAACUCCAGCGCUUCGUCCACUUACUCAAGCAACGGGGAGAUCUUCUCUGUGCAAUACGGCAGUGGCAGCCUCCACGGCACCUAUGGCUAUGACACUCUGAGGGUCCAGAGCAUCCUGGUCCCCAACCAGCAAUUUGGCCUGAGUGAGCUUGAGCAGGGUCCCUAUUUCCUCCAUGCAAAGUUUGAUGGCAUCAUGGGCCUGGCCUUCCCUUCCUUGGCGGAAGGCAAGGGUACCACACCCCUGCAGGGCUGCUGCAUGCUGCAGGCGGGCGUCCUCUCCAGCCCAGUCUUCAGCUUCUACCUGGGCAGACAGAGGAGCCCUCAGAAAGGAGCAGUUCUUGUACUUGGGGGGAUAGACCACAGCUUGCACAGGGGUCCCAUCUACUGGGCCUCCGUCACCCAGGAGCGCUACUGGCAGAUUGGCUUUGAGGAGUUCCUCAUUGGCGGCCAUGCCACUGGCUGGUGCUCCCAGGGCUGCCAGGCCAUUGUGGACACAGGCACAUCUCUGCUCACUGUCCCCCUGCAGUACCUGAGUGACCUUCUGCGGGGUACAGGGGCACAGGUGGACGAGUAUGGACAGUUUAUGGUGGACUGUAACAAUGUCCAGAGCCUGCCCACCUUGACCUUCGUCAUCGGUGGUGUGCGGUUCUCCCUGCCAUAUUCCUCGUACAUCUUCAGAGGAAAUGGCAUUUGUGCCAUUAGAGUCCAGGCCACCUACCUGCCCUCCAGCAGCGGCCAGCCCCUGUGGAUCCUAGGGGACGUCUUCCUCAGGUCCCACUAUUCCAUCUUUGACAUCGGCAACAAGAGGGUGGGCUUCGCCAUUGCUGCCUAG